CGACUCGGUUGGCCUUGUAUUGACCAAAAAGAAGCCCCUCCAUUUAUCCUCUUAUACUCCUAUUUCUUCGAGUUAGGUCACUAAAUUAAUUAACAUUUCUUGCAAAAUUUGCAUUCCUCUUAUAAAUAUACACAUACCCCAAUCUCCCUUACUCUUCAUGUAUAACCCUCUUCUCAAAAACCAAAAUUCUUUCCACAACAUAUCAACCAUGGCAUUACCCAUAUCAUUAUCAACCCUUCUCUUCCUUUUCUUCACUCUAUCAUCUGCCUGGGACAUGUCCAUCCUCAGCCAUAACCAUGGCCAUCAUCAUCAAUCAAGCUGGAGAAGUGAUAAUGAGGUCAUUAGCAUGUACAAUUGGUGGCUUGCAAAGCAUAGUAAAACGUACAAUAAGCUAGGUGAGAGAGAGAAGAGGUUUGAGAUCUUCAAGAAUAACUUGAGGUUUAUUGAUGAACACAACAACUCUAAGAAUAGAACAUACAAGGUUGGAUUGACUAGGUUUGCUGAUCUUACUAACGAGGAGUACCGUGCCAAAUUCUUGGGCACAAAGAGUGAUCCUAAGCGUAGAUUAAUGAAGUCCAAAAACCCAAGUCAGAGAUACGCUUUUAAGGCCGGUGAUGUGUUGCCGGAAUCCAUUGACUGGAGGCAGAGUGGAGCUGUUAGUGCGAUCAAAGAUCAAGGAAGCUGCGGUAGUUGCUGGGCAUUCUCAACAAUAGCUGCAGUAGAAGGCGUAAACAAGAUAGUAACAGGGGAGCUAAUAUCUUUAUCAGAACAAGAACUUGUAGACUGCGACAGGUCAUACAAUGCAGGUUGCAAUGGAGGUCUGAUGGAUAAUGCUUUCCAGUUCAUCAUCAACAAUGGUGGCAUUGACACCGAUAAAGACUAUCCAUAUCAAGCUGUUGACGGCAAAUGUGACACUACCAAGGUGAAGAAUAAGGCCGUCACCAUUGAUGGGUUUGAGGAUGUUAUGGCUUUCGAUGAGAUGGCCUUGCAGAAAGCUGUGGCACAUCAGCCUGUCAGUGUUGCCAUUGAAGCCAGUGGCAUGGCUUUACAGUUCUACCAGUCGGGUGUAUUCACUGGUGAAUGCGGAUCAGCCCUAGACCAUGGAGUGGUUAUUGUUGGCUAUGGAACAGAAGAUGGUAUAGAUUAUUGGCUUGUUAGGAAUUCAUGGGGCCGUGAUUGGGGUGAAAAUGGAUAUAUCAAAAUGCAGCGUAAUGUGGUUGACACAUUUACUGGCAAAUGUGGAAUUGCGAUGGAGUCUUCGUAUCCAAUCAAGAAUACCCAAAAUCCUGUUAAGAUCAGCAGUGUUUGAAUUUGUCCUUUUGGUUCUCUGUAAAGCAAAGGGCACCAAGAGAAGGAAAAAACAAGAAGAUCAAAGGUGCAAAAUCUUAUCCUUCUUCUUAGUCUAAAGGGCAAGAAGGCGUUAUGCGAUUGUAUGAAUGAUUGUUGUUGUAUAUAAGCUUUGAAUGUGUCAAAACAGCACCUUAAAAAUGAGCUGAUCGUGGAAUCUGGAUUGCAUUUUCUCUGAAGUUGAUUGUUCUAAUAAAACUUACCGAGCACAUAAAUAUGCA